AAUUAAAAGUACAAAAAUUAAGAUGACAUUUCCUUUAGCUUUGCAAAUUGAAUGAGAGACAAUGGCUGCUUCUACAUCCAUUUCUCUCUCCUUCCUUGUAAUUAACCCUAAAUCACCUCUUUUUCCUCCACAAAAUCUAUCAAUUUCACAAAUUUCACCCUCUAGAAACCUCCAUCCUCACAAAAUUCACCGCCCAAAUCUACCAAUUCCAUCCAAAAUAAUCCCAAAUCGGAGAAUCUCCGCUAUUUCAGAGUUAUCAGAAGUGAAUCUCGAUGAAACUGCCGAUCAAAUUGUUUCAUCCACCGGUGGCGACGGAGUUUCCACCGUCAUUCAAUCGCUUUUGGUCAUUGCUUUCGUCGGAUUAUCCAUUCUAACCGUCGGAGUAAUCUACAUUGCUGUUACGGAUUUUUUGCAGAAGAGAGAGAAGGAGAAAUUCGAGAAAGAAGAAGCGGCGAAGAAGAAGAAGGGCGGCCGGAAGGGGAAAAUUGUAGCGAGAGCUAGAGGUGGACCUCGAGGAUUCGGGCAGAAGGUUGAGGAAGCUGAAGAUGAUUAGGAAUGACAAUGAGGCGGGCUCGGAGAGGUUAUGGUGCGGGUUUAGUUUGAACCCCAAACCCGCACAAACUUCAACCUGCCCGGCUCAAUUUUUCUUUGUUAGAUUGUAAUUUGUAUUUUUUUUACACUACUACUAAGUAGUAAAAUUUAUUGGUGAAAUAAAAAGAAAAGUUACUGCA